AAUGUCUAAUGACACAGGAGUAUAGAAAAAGAAACAUAAAUAUAUUGAUUCUGAAGAAGAAGAGCAAUAGUAAUAAUAACCUGUGUAAUAACCAUAACAAUAAUCUCCUAUUGCUUAAACUAUCACAGUUGAUUAUAGGAAAUGGAAAUUCUUAUUUGAACCUGAUUCAUCUGAAUAAUAGGAAGGUAUUAAUUUGAAAUGUAUAAUAAAGAAAAGAAAGUUAAAAAAAAUCCAAAUCCAUAAAUCACCAAAUAAAAAUAACCUGAACAAAGAGUUAAGCAAAUUAAAUCAAAUCCUGAUACUGAUGAUUUGAGAUAUGAAAUUUUAUGUAGAUGGUGGUAUUGUUUCGAUUAAUGGCCACCUUCAGAUUUUGAUUAUGAAGAAGCCUUAUCUAAAUAUAAAUUAAGAAAAGUUGAUUUAUCUGUUUUCAAAAGAGAAUCAGAGAUCAAUGAUCAAGGCUUAAGAAAGGUUUAUGAAGUUAAUGGAUACAAAGGAGUAUUUAGAACUUCUGCUGUACAUAUAUCAAUUAUAUUUAUAGGGUGAUACUUUAGAUCUUAGACCAAGAGAAGGUUGUCCAUCUUAUGAAUAAAUUUCAAAGAUUAAUUCAAAAAAUCUGCCCAAAAUAUUAAUAAAAGGCUUGAAAGCUUAAUUGGAAGACUUAAUUAAGCAUGAACCCAAUAACCAAUAAUUAAAAAAUCAUUUAGAACGCUAAUUAAAAUAAAUCUAAUAAUAAUAUCAAAGAUAGAUGGAUUGAU